AUGUCCAUUCUGGAUGCCAGCAACCUAAUUCAGGACACCAACAUUCUGGCACAUCUCUCUGAACAGCCCCAAGUGCAGCUCAGUCUUCAGAAGGCACCACAGUCCAAUGAGCAUACCCAUGACUCGGAGGAGGAGGCUGGAAAUCAAGCUCCAGAGCAUGGUAUCAGUGAUGAUGAUGACCAGGACCAUGUUAAGAACCAUGCUCAAGGGAGAGAGAGACUGACUCAGAGGGGCUUGGCCUCAGCUCGUAUGCUGUGCCCCUUACCUGAAGGACUUCUGGAGGCUGGCUACUCUGGUGGAGAGUGCUAG